UAUUUUAUUGUUUCUGUCGAUAUAAAGUGGUGGUGCUCCUAGUUAAUUUGCUCCGGUUUAUUGAUAAUGGUUAAAAGGUUUUUGUGAGAAGUAUGGAUCAUUACGGAAAAGUCCCUAGAAAAACCAACCCCAGGGAAAAGGCGAAUGUGUUUAGCCUUUUUACGUUUUCGUAUACAGGAGGAUUAUUCCGUAAAGCCUACAAGAAAGAGCUACAAGACGAAGACAUAUACGAAGUGAUAAAGCGAUGCAAAUCGGAAAGAGUUACCAAUAAAUUCGAAAAAAGUUGGCAAAAGCAAAUUAGGAAGAACGGAAAAUGUUCGCUGCUGAGUUUAUUGUGGAAGAACUUCGGCACGAAGUUGUUCCUAUUGGGGGUGUUGCAGUUAAUUUGGAAGAUGAUCAGCAGUAUUUAUGAACCGGAAGCUAUUGGAAAGUUAGUCUCGUAUUUUGAUCCGAAAACGAAGUUGACGUUCGACGAUGCUAUUUAUUACGCUUGUCUGAUGAUUGGAUUGAGGUUUUUCCAUGCCCUUUAUCAACAGAAUUACGCCAUUUAUUUACAACAUUUGGCAAUCAACGUCAAGAACUCUUUGUGCUCCUUGGUAUAUAGAAAAUCACUAAAGUUGUCCCCAGCUGCCCUAAACGAAAUGGGUCUAGGAAACAUAAUAACAGUCAUGACGAGGGAUGUCCAUGUAUUUGAAAGAUCUGUCUCAAUGUUCACCGAAAUGUGGAUAGAAAUAUUCAGGAUAGUCCUGGUUUGCUAUUUAAUUUAUAAUAAAAUGGGCCCAGCUGGAUUUGCCGGAAUCGGUUGUUUGUUUGUCAUUCUACCUGCACAAGUAUUUGUCAGUAGAUGCAUAAAAAAUCUGAGGCUGGAAUUGAGCAAAAAAACCGAUGAACGCCUUCAGUCCACUCAAGAAACCUUAUCGGCCAUAAAAAUCAUUAAAAUGUACACCUGGGAGCAAGUGUUUGUCGAAAAAGUGAAAGGAAAAAGGAGUAUAGAAAUGCAGAAACUUUUACGAGCCUCCUACCUUAAAUCUCUCAACUGGUUAUUUGGCAUGUUUUCUUCAAAAGUCGGUCUUUACAUUCUUAUGAUGACUUAUAUAGCUGUAAGUCCAGUGGUACGGGCAGAAGUGAUAUUUUAUGUCAUGAGGUCCUACAAUGACCUUAGACACUCUUUAAGUAUCUUAGUCCCAAUAGCAUUGGGUCAAGGAGCUGAUAUUAUCGCCUCGAACCAAAGAAUAAAUAGGAUUUUAAAUGCUGAAGAGGUGGAUUCAGCAAAGGAGGCGAAGUACACUGAUCCUAAAGUAAAAGUCUCUGGAGUGACUGUAAAGGUAAAAGAUUGUGAAAUUUUAAAAAAUAUUUCAACGGAAAUCAAGCCUGGUUUAACAGUGGUAACUGGUCCGUUAGGGUGCGGCAAAAGUAGCCUUUUAAAGCUGUUUUUAAACGAUUUCCCGAUUUCCGAAGGGAAAUUGUUAUCAGAAGCGACAUUUUCUUAUUGUUCCCAAGAUGCUUGGCUGUUCCCUUCCUCGAUUAAGCAAAAUAUCAUAUUUGGAGAACCGUUAGACGAGCUGAGAUAUCAAACGGUGGUUAAAGUCUGCGCCUUAGAGUACGACUUUAAUUUAUUUGACCAUGGAGAUGAGACGAUUGUCGCUGAUGGCGGUAAGAACCUAAGCGGUGGCCAACAAGCAAGAAUCAAUCUAGCUAGGGCAAUAUACAAAAAAAGCGACAUCUAUCUCCUAGACGAUCCACUGCAUGCCUUGGACCCUCAUGUCCAGGCAUUUAUUUAUAAAAACUGCAUAAAAGACUUCCUUAAGGGCGUUCGCUGUGUUUUGGUCACGCAUAAUCUAAAUCAUAAAAAUGCCGCCGACAAUCUUAUCGUUCUUAAAGAGGGCGCCAUUGUUUUCGACGGACACCCUACGGAAGUGAAAGCGGAAUUGAUCAAGGAAAUUGAGCUGGAAGAUGAGAAACUUAAGGAGCAAGAGAAUAAGGACGAUGAAGAAGAUGCUGAGGAAACCACUGGGUUGAUUAAGGCGAGCGGUGAUUGUAGGCGCAGAGUCUACACGGAGAUUAAAAAGGAGGGAAAAGUAGACUGGGUGGUUUUUAAAAAGUAUUUCCAGUUCGGUGGGGGAUUUUUGGCGUUUUUCGGCAUCGCUUUGCUGAUUAUUAGCGCAGAGAGUGGAGAAAGUUAUUCUUCAAGAAUAUUCACCAAUUGGAUCAAUAUUCAGCAGAACAUCAGCAAUUUUAAAAGCUCACCGAACACAACAAACGCCACCGUUAUCACUAAGUUAAAAUAUCGAGCCGAUUUUAGUUUGAAGAUUUAUUCGGCAUUAGUAGGAGGGUCGUUCCUACUCGACUUAUUGACGCAGUUCUUGAUGAGAAACUUUUGCAGAAAAGCUUCCGUCAGGCUACAUAGCGCUAUGAUCGAGAAACUCUCCACUGCCGCCAUGAGUUUUUAUGACCAUUACUUUAUCGGCAACAUUUUAAAUAGAUUCUCGCAAGAUUUGAAUAUCGUCGACGAGAUUUUACCUAUGAAUAUCAACUUCUUCCUUAUGAUCUUAUUUGCCUGUUUUGGAGCGGUGGCCCUAGUCUCGACGGUGAGCUCGGUGUUCAUGAUCCCAGCGGCGAUCCUCGUCCUGUGUCUUUACCUCAUUCGAUUGAUGUAUAUGCCGGCGGCCAGGAGUUUAAAGCGAUUGGAAGCUGCUACUCGUAGUCCUUUGAUAGGCCACGUGAACGCCACAAUUGAAGGCUUGACAACGAUAAGGGCGAGCCAAGUAGAACACAUUUUAGCAGACGAGUUCGAUAGGCACCAGGACCUGUACACAUCGGCGAGUUAUAUGACGUUCUGCAUACGAAAAGCUUUUGCCUUUUUUAUGGAUAUUUUAUCCGCCCUGUUUGUUACUUUUAUAGUGGGAAAGUUGCUGUUUUGGGGCGCAGGUGAAUUAUCUGGAGACGUAGGAUUGGCUAUAACGAAAGCUUCGGCCCUAGCAAUGAUGGUCCAAUGGUCUCUGAUCCAGUGGUCCGAUUUGGAAAACAACAUGACCCACGUGGAAAGGGUCUUGGAAUACACCGAAGUUCCACAAGAUAAUUAUGAAGGGCAAGUAAUCAAGGACUGGCCUGUCUAUGGCGGCAUAGUAUUUAAUAAUGUGUCUCUCACCUAUAAACUGGAGAAGGUCCUAAAGAAUUUGAGUUUCGAAGUGAAACCGAAUCAUAAAAUAGGGAUUGUCGGUAGAACCGGGGCGGGAAAGUCCUCAAUUAUUGCCGCCUUGUUUCGCCUGUACAAUUUUGACGGCAGCAUAUUGAUUGAUGGAGUCAACAUUAAGACACUCGCUCUGGACUUUUUACGAGAACAUAUUUCGAUUAUACCUCAGGAUCCUUUGUUGUUUCAAGGUACAAUAAGGCACAACUUAGACCCCCUAAAGCGUUAUACUGACGAGGAAGUGUGGCAAACCCUCGAAAAAGUCCACAUGAAAGACCACAUUCCCACCCUAGAGCUUGAAAUAACCGAUCACGGGUCAAACUUCUCGACGGGUCAAAGGCAACUGAUUUGCUUAGCGAGGGCGAUCAUAAAAAAGAACAAAAUCGUGGUAUUGGACGAGGCGACCGCGAAUAUGGACCCAGAAACUGAAAAUUUGGUGCAGAAAACCAUCGCGAGUAACUUUUCGAAUUGCACGGUGUUUAUAAUAGCGCACAGGUUAAAAUCGGUGCUGGAGUGUAACAGAAUUCUCGUGAUGGAACGGGGACAAGUGGUUGAAUAUGCGGAUCCGACGGUACUGUUGGAGAAUAAAAAUAGUUACUUUUCAAAGAUGCUCGUCACCGAUAAUUCACACCAUGAGGCAAAGUAAUCCUGUGAUAUUUAGGAAGUUAAUUGAUGUAUAGAUUUAGGAGCAAUAAAAACUACAGAUAAAUAUCUACAAAA